AUGUCACUCUAUCAUGAGGCCGCCGAGAUCCUCAAUACCGCGAACAAGAGCGGAGGAUCGCUGAAGUCUCUGGUGUUCGGCAAGAAGAGCUGGAAGAGCGACCCGAAAGCACUUUUCGCACUCACGGCUGAGACUGCCAAAUGGAGCGACAUUUUAUCCGACGUGCUGGAGAAGAGCGGCGUGCUCAAGGCGGAGAAGACACUGACGCCGACACUGGCCCUUCUGCUCGUCCACGACCUUUUCUUGAGCAAGAAAGGCAUCGCCCUGCCGCCAUCUCAUGGCCUCCAUUCAGCCACCAGCCGUCACAAAGUGCGCCUUUCUGCCGAGUUGACGAAAGCAAGACUGCGACGUGGAUUCAGCACUCUAGACGGCCUGCGAAAACAUGUUGAUGCUCAAGCGGCCCGUGGACAGCGGCAUGGCAGUGAUGGUGGACCUCCUGCUCGCCACCCUCGAUGGAUGCGGAUCAAUACUCUGAAGACGACUCUACACGACGAGCUCAACCACGGCACUUUUUCAAACUACACACAAGUCGCAACAUUGCAAGAAAUCAUCCAAGCACAUCCCGAACUGCGGGCAGUCCAUAUCGACAAGCACAUCCCAAAUCUUCUGGCCGUCGCAAGUCCGGAUGAUCCGACAACGUUCAAGGCGUACAGGACUGGAAAACUCAUCUUGCAGGAGAAGGCUUCCUGCUUUCCGGCAUGUCUGCUCGACCCGAGGCCUGGUGACAGCAAAGCCAUCGAUGCAUGUGCGGCACCUGGAAACAAGACCACACAUCUGGCUGCCAUCUUGGGAGAGAACAGUCGCGUCAUUGCAUGUGAGAAGGAUGCCGAGCGGUCAAAGACGCUGGCCAAAAUGGUUCAACUGGCUGGAGCAGAUGGUAUCGUCGAUGUGAAGGCAAAGCAGAACUUCACCACCCUUGAUCCGAAUUCUGCAGAGUGUGCUGAUGUGACUGACCUUCUCCUGGAUCCCAGCUGCUCGGGAAGCGGCAUUUUUGGAAGAGAUGAAGCUUCAAUCACAGUCCACUUGCCAUCUGCUGCGAAUGACGAAGCUGCUCCUAAAGGCAAGAAGCGAAAACGCGGAAGCGAGCGGAAAGCUGAAGCAAACCCCCACGAACAAGAUGCCAUCGUGGAGGAGACAGUUGACGAGGACCCCGUCGACGCAGCGAAACUCAAAGACCGUCUCCGAAACCUCUCAGCCUUCCAACUCCGUAUCGUGCAACACGCAAUGUCCUUCCCAUCAGCCCGACGCAUCACAUACUCCACAUGCUCCCUGCACGCCGAAGAAAACGAGCACGUCGUCAUCAACGCCCUCCUCUCCGACAUCGCAGCAGCGCAAGGCUGGAAGGUUUUGAAGCGCGAGCAGCAAGUGGAAGGCAUGCGGAAAUGGCACAAGAGAGGUUGUGAGGAUUUUUGUGAUGUUGAUGUGAAGACUGUGGCGGAAGCUUGUAUUCGGUGUGAGAAGGGGGGAGAGGAUGGGACGAUGGGGUUUUUUGUUGUGGGGUUUGUGAGGAAUGGUGAGGGG